ACAUCGAAUAUUAAAAGAAGUUUAUCAGAAUAUUUAUCAAAGGUUCAUACUUUUGGUUUGAAUGUCUCUUUGAUGCUAGUCUAAGAAAACUUGUAAUUAAAAUGUCAUCUCAAAAUAAUGAAUAUUUGUAAAAAUGUUACAGAGAUCGUACGACUGGAAUUACAACUUGAACCGACAUCUCAAGUAUGAAUGCGGGAAGGAGAAUUCAUUUAUGUGCUCAAAAUGUGGCCGAAGGUUUCCCCACAAACAAAACUGUGUUUAUCAUCUAAAACGUAAACACAAGAUCAUGUGUGAUACUGUGGAUCAAUAUGUUUCAUCAGGGCUUGUGGUGUAUCAGUCAGGACCAGGGGGAAAACUUGGAAUGAAUUCCCCCGGAGAAAAUCCGGCUUUUUCCCCCGGUAGUGAGGCAUCCCAACAUUCCCAUGACGCCAUGUAAUCCGGAAACUGGUUUUAUCACCGGAACCGCAGACUUUUGCUUCCGGAUUAUUCCAUGUUCAGCGAGCAAGAAAAUUCGGAUCUAAAACCGGAAACACUAGAAUCUUCGGAUAUUCUUAGAUCAGAACUGUUCAAAUGGUCAAAGUGUAUUUUUUAUCUUUGGACCAAAAUCUAGAUAUUUUUGAGUUUUCCAUGGCAUUAUCUGUUGUUACUCAUGUCACAUUCAGAUAUUUAUAUAGUUCAAAAUUAGCAGACAGAUUUAGGCUAAAUUUUACCACCUUAUCAAAAGAACCUUCUAGCAGUAUUGAAAAAAAAACUAUUUCUUUGAGUGUUUGUUUUUAUUGUUCAUAAACUUAAUCGUAAACUUAAAUUUAAUUCAAUCUAAAUUUUCUCUAAUAUAUUGUGUUACACUAUACAGUGUACACUGUGCACUGUGUACAUGAAUUUGAGUGCUUGUAUUCUGUACAAUGUACUCUGCACAUUGUACCUCUAUUAAUCAACUUUUUCAAAUACUUUACUUCUUGGAGAGAUAUUAUAAUGAGUGAUAUAACCUGUGAAUAAUUAAUGAUUGUAUUUAUAAAAAUGAAUGUAAAAUAUUACCCAGUUAAAUGAUAAAAUCCCAGUCUACAAAUAUACCGGUGUAUUAUUAAAUUAAAUCAGUUCCUAUCUAGCAAAAUUAAUUACAUACCAAGUUAACAUAUUUUUUAUGGACAUUUCUAUAUUAUUGUUCAGCUUUUGUUCAAUUAUUUAAUUUGUGAUGAUUUAUCAGAUUAAAAAGAUGUUUGCACCUUUUUUGAACAUAUUCCUCUGCAAAAAAAUCUAAAUUUAUCAAUCAAUUUAUACACCAUCAUUUCUUACUUUUUUAGUUUUGUUUCACUUCUAAAAUUUGACAAUCAAAUCUCAAUAAGUGGAACAGUUUUCAAUCAAAAAUAUACUCGGGGAGAGAAAAAAUUCACCUUCCUCCGGAUCCAAGACUUAAAAGACUACUGAGACUGGAACAAAAAUGACUAAUAGUGACCAGAUUUCCACGAGAUAAAUGUAUAAAUGUAUAUUUUAGAAAUUUAUUUUGUAAAAUAAUUGUGAACGUGUUCGAAUACACCCCUCUUGUUCCGUAAUAUGUAUUGUUAAUUAACAUUUUGUGAUAUUAAAAAUAUAUAUCAUUAUGUUUA